AUGCCAAGCUCUCGCGCCUACACACCGUUGGCCGAUGAAGUCAAUCCUCCGUUUGGCAAUGCCGUCACCACCGUAACUCGGAAUGGGACUGUUGUCUAUGGUAAAAGACCGACGAGCGAAUCAUCUGGAUCCUCGACACCUAGUCGGCAAUAUUCAGCAGAGACGACUCCUCAACUAGCCUCCAGGGUGUCCAUGACACAAGAUCACGAGCAAGACCUCGGUAUACCACGCUCUGCCAAGGGCAAGGAGAGAGCGUGGGAUCCAGAGAUGGGUCAGGAUGAGAUCAAGGAUGACACUUAUCCUCCUGGGAAUGAGAACGCAGAGGAGGAAAGACGUGUCGCAGAUACUCUGGCCCGGUUCGCCGCUAGGGAUGCUGCUCGACGCCGAGCCGCUCGGCUUUCAAAGCAAUUACCACCGUCUCCGCAGUCUACGUCAUCUGGUUUCUUGUCAAGACCAUUCUCAGUUGUGGAGAGACAGUCCCUGAGGGGUUUGAUGGAGAACAUCACUGGGAAGCAUCCUUCGCUACCAACGACUCAACCGAAACCCUACAAUGAUCCCUACAGCAACCAGCCAUACCGUGACGCUGGUCUCGACCCUUUUCCUCGGGACUCCAUCUCCUCUGCUGGAUCAUCACCUGGGGUAGACACUGCCUACGGGUAUGCAGGACCUGCUUGGCGUGGAGGUGCGCCGGUUCAGGUAGACGAACGAGCUCAUGGUGGUGGGGAGAAGUGGUGGCAUGCGCUGUGUGCAUGGGGCGAUGACCUUGAUGGCGGCCAUGCGGAAGGCGCAGAUGAUCAGGCUGGGAGGACCAACCCUUUCGAGUAG